AUGGUAAGUUGGUCAGAACUAAACCCUCUGAAAGCCGAGUUUUUUUUUGUUUCAGACUUUAUCGAUAUCUACGAUGAGAUCUACUACCAAUAUCUUGAAAACUCAGGGAAGCCAAUCCUUACUGAAGUUGGAUUCUGCUGUGCCCUGGUUCAAUAUUGGAUAACAGUUUAUCCAAUUUGGCCAUUAUACUCAACUACGCUCCCACCAUGGACAUCAAGCCCUUGGUCAACAUCUACUUCUAGUUGGAGUACAACGCCACCUUCUACUACGUUCACAACACCAACUACACCGUCUACUGCCUUCACAACACCAACUACACCGUCUACUACCUUCACAACGCCAACUACACCGUCUUCUACGUUCACAACGCCAACUACGAUGUCUACUACGUUCACAACGUCAACUACGCCGUCUACUACGUUCACAACGCCAAGUACACCGUCUACCACGUUCACAACACCAACUACACCGUCUACUACCUUCACAACGCCAACUACACCGUCUUCUACGUUCAUAACGCCAACUACGAUGUCUACUACGUUCACAACGUCAACUACGCCGUCUACUACGUUCACAACGCCAAGUACACCGUCUACCACGUUCACAACACCAACUACACCGUCUACUACGUUCACAACGCCAACUACGUUGUCUACUACGUUCACAACGCCAAGUACACCGUCUACUACGUUCAUAACGCCAACUACACCGUCUACUACCUUCACAACGCCAAGUACCCCGUCUACAAGCUUCACAACGCUAACAACUCCAACCUCUUCGACGACGUUUACAACGACCACGCCAAUUACGCCGGUUACAACGCCACCUACACCGUCUACCACGUUCACAACGCCAACUACGCCGUCUACUACGUUCACAACGCCAAGUACACCGUCUACUACGUUCACAACGCCAACUACACCGUCUACUACGUUCACAACGCCAACUACACCGUCUACCACGUUCACAACGCCAACUACGCCGUCUACUACGUUCACAACGCCAAGUACACCGUCUACUACGUUCACAACGCCAACUACACCGUCUACUACCUUCAUAACGCCAAGUACACCGUCUACAACCUUCACCACGCUAACAACUCCAACCUCUUCGACGACGUUUACAACGACCACGCCAAUUACGCCGGUUACAACGCCACCUACACCGUCUACCACGUUCACAACGCCAACUACGCCGUCUACUACGUUCACAACGCCAACUACACCGUCUACGACCUUCACAACGCCAACUACGCCGUCUACGACCUUCACAACGCCAAGUACACCGUCUACAACCUUCACCACGCUAACAACUCCAACCUCUUCGACGACGUUUACAACGACCACGCCAAUUACGCCGGUUACAACGCCACCUACACCGUCUACCACGUUCACAACGCCAACUACGCCGUCUACUACGUUAACAACGCCAAGUACACCGUCUACUACGUUCACAACGCCAACUACACCGUCUACUACGUUCACAACGCCAACUACACCGUCUACUACCUUCACAACGCCAAGUACACCGUCUACAACCUUCACAACGCUAACAACUCCAACCUCUUCGACGACGUUUACAACGACCACGCCAAUUACGCCGGUUACAACGCCACCUACACCGUCUACUACGUUCACAAUGCCUACAACGGGCUCCUUUACGCCGACGACUCCAACAACCACCUUACCGCCAGUCACCCCGGUAACAACGCCACCUACAAUGAGCUCCUUUACGCCGACGACUCCAACAACCACCUUACCGCCAGUCACCCCGGUAACAACGCCACCUACAAUGAGCUCCUUUACGCCGACGACUCCAACAACCACCUUACCGCCAGUCACCCCGGUAACAACGCCACCUACAAUGAGUUCCUUUACGCCGACGACUCCAUCAACCACCUUACCGCCGGUCCAACCAGUCACAACGCCACCUACAAUGAGCUCCUUUACGCCGACGACUCCAUCAACCACCUUACCGCCGGUCCAACCAGUCACAACGCCACCUACAAUGAGCUCCUUUACGCCGACGACUCCAUCAACCACCUUACCGCCGGUCCAACCAGUCACAACGCCACCUACAAUGAGCUCCUUUACGCCGACGACUCCAUCAACCACCUUACCGCCGGUCCAACCAGUCACAACGCCGCCUACAAUGAGCUCCUUUACGCCGACGACUCCAUCAACCACCUUACCGCCGGUCCAACCAGUCACAACGCCACCUACAAUGAGCUCCUUUACGCCGACGACUCCAUCAACCACCUUACCACCGGUCCCACCAGUCACAACGCCACCUACAAUGAGCUCCUUUACGCCGACGACUCCAUCAACCACCUUACCGCCGGUCCAACCAGUCACAACGCCACCUACAAUGAGCUCCUUUACGCCGACGACUCCAUCAACCACCUUACCGCCGGUCCCACCAGUCACAACGCCUCCUACAAUGAGCUCCUUUACGCCGACGACUCCAUCAGCCACCUUACCGCCGGUCCCACCAGUCACAACGCCUCCUACAAUGAGCUCCUUUACGCCGACGACUCCAUCAACCACCUUACCGCCGGUCCAACCAGUCACAACGCCACCUACAAUGAGCUCCUCUACGCCGACGACUCCAUCAACCACCUUACCGCCGGUCCAACCAGUCACAACGCCACCUACAAUGAGCUCCUUUACGCCGACGGCUCCUUCAACCACCUUACCGCCGGUCCCACCAGUCACAACGCCUCCUACAAUGAGCUCCUUUACGCCGACGACUCUAUCAACCACCUUACCGCCGGUCCCACCAGUCACAACGCAACCUACAAUGAGCUCCUUUACGCCGACGACUCCUUCAACCACCUUACCGCCGGUCCCACCAGUCACAACGCCUCCUACAAUGAGCUCCUUUACGCCGACGACUCUAUCAACCACCUUACCGCCGGUCCCACCAGUCACAACGCAACCUACAAUGAGCUCCUUUACGCCGACGACUCCAUCAACCACUUUACCGCCGGUCCCACCAGUCACAACGCCACCCACAAUGAGCUCGUUUACCCCGACGACUCCAUCAACCACCUUACCGCCGGUCCCACCAGUCACAACGCCUCCUACAAUGAGCUCCUUUACGCCGACGACUCCAUCAACCACUUUACCGCCGGUCCCACCAGUCACAACGCCACCCACAAUGAGCUCGUUUACCCCGACGACUCCAUCAACCACCUUACCGCCGGUCCCACCAGUCACAACGCCUCCUACAAUGAGCUCCUUUACGCCGACGACUCCAUCAACCACCUUACCGCCGGUCCCACCAGUCACAACUCCAGUGACCAGCACAACAACUCUUCCGUCAAUAUCUCCAGCAACAACGUCUGGUAA